AUGAAGUUCUUCGCCACCACAUCCGCAGUCAUUGCCUCCUGCGUUCUCGCCCAAACCACCGUGUCCGCUGCUGGCGCACCAUGGGGGUACAAGACCAACGACGCCACUAUGGCUGGACCAGCGCAGUGGGCUGAUCACUACCCGACGUGCGGGGGUUCUCGGCAAUCUCCCAUCGAUAUCACCACCACGACAGGAAAUGCGGCUACGCGCACACUAUCGUUCAGUGGCGAGUGUGCCAGCUUCAACCUCACGCAGACGACUGACACAUUCAAGGCGAGCGUCGCUGGCGGCUCCUGCGCGGCGUCGGCGAACGGUGCUUCAUACAACAUGGCGCAGUUCCACAUUCACGCACCUUCCGAGCACACACUCAACGGUAAGCCGCUGGAUGGAGAGGUCCACUUCGUCCACAGCAACGCGGACGGCUCCGCCCUUAUGGUCGUGGGUGUCUUCUUGCAAGUAGCCAACGGAGGCGCGACGGACCCGUGGAUGGUCUCGGUACUCGACGGGAUGGAAGCUGUCACGCCGGCCGCACCGACGACGAUGAGCCUUGGUUCAUACUCGAACCUGGUGAACACCAACGCCGUCCGCCUCUACAACUACCCGGGUAGUCUCACCACCCCUGGUUGCGACGAGAUCGUCGACUGGUGGGUGGUGGAGCAGCCCAUGUCGAUCUCGUCGGCGGACUUCAACUACCCGGGUAGUCUCACCACCCCUGGUUGCGACGAGAUCGUCGACUGGUGGGUGGUGGAGCAGCCCAUGUCGAUCUCGUCGGCGGACUUCACCCGCUUGCAGACGCAGCUGAAGGAACUGUCGGUGACGGACAACGGCAACAAUGCUCGCCCCGUGCUACCGCUGAACGGACGUACCAUCGCCAGCCUGCAGUAG